GCGCCCGUCAGUCACGCCACCUGACUGGCUGCGCAGGGAACCAUUUUUCCAUUCUUCAUCGCGAGGCUGAUCGUGCGAGGAGGCUUGAAUUUACUUAUUUUUCCCGUGAAGAACCGACCGCAAAACCUUCACCAAAAUGCAGGGCAUGAGCUUGGCUAGCAUCAAGAAGAACCCAGCGCUGAUCCCGCUGUACGUCUGUAUCGGUCUGGGAGCGGCCGCCGCCGUCUUCUACACCGCUCGGCUGGCCAUCCGAAGCCCCGAAGUGACCUGGAGCCGCAAGAACAACCCCGAGCCGUGGGAGGAGUACAGGAACAAGCAGCAUAAGUUCUACUCCCCGGUCAGGGAUUACUCCAAGGUCGAGAGCCAGGCCCCCAAGUACACCGAAUAAAGAGAUAACUCUCGCGGCCCUCCGCCAGUGUUCCGCGGGCGCAACACCAUCAGCGAACCGAUGCGAACCUGUGCGCGACAAAUACUAUGUAGCAGCACCCUCGAUCUUAAGCUUAGCAAAAAUAUUCGGUUGAAUGUAAAAUAAAACAGUUUGUGGUAACCACAGUGGAAACUCA